UCUUUAAGGGGCCAACCAGAUUAUUCUUGAGUGCCGGUAAAGCGUGGUAGCUGGGAGACCAACAGCGCUGCUUAGGGAGACUCACCACUAACCGCCUCUUUCCACCUCCUCACCUUCGCUCUUCCAUUUAUCAAGCACCCUCCGUCCUCGUCAUCUUCCUUCCCCUGGGUCUUCCACCUGCUUAACUUCGCUUUUGACCCUGUCUACUCGCUAGACUUUUAUUUCACUCUCUGAACCGUCUUUCUCCCCAACUCUUCUAUUUUAAUCUGCGCUGCUGCGCCCAGUUUCUACACCAUGGCUGAGAUCCGCCGCAAGCUUGUUAUCGUUGGUGAUGGUGCCUGCGGUAAGACCUGUCUGUUGAUCGUCUUCUCAAAGGGCACUUUCCCUGAGGUCUACGUCCCCACCGUCUUUGAGAACUACGUUGCCGAUGUUGAGGUUGAUGGCAAGCACGUCGAGCUCGCUCUCUGGGAUACGGCUGGUCAAGAAGAUUACGACCGUCUCCGCCCUCUCUCCUACCCUGACUCGCAUGUCAUCCUGAUUUGCUUCGCUGUCGACUCACCGGAUUCCCUUGACAACGUUCAAGAGAAGUGGAUCUCUGAAGUCCUACACUUCUGCCAGGGUCUCCCCAUCAUCCUCGUCGGAUGCAAGAAGGAUCUUCGCCAUGACCCCAAGACGAUCGAGGAGCUGAACAAGACCUCUCAGAAGCCUGUCACCCCCGAACAGGGUGAGGAAGUCCGCAAGAAGAUUGGCGCCUACAAGUACCUCGAGUGCUCUGCUCGAACCAACGAGGGUGUCCGUGAGGUCUUUGAGGCUGCCACGCGUGCUGCCCUCUUGACCAAGACCCACAAGAGCAAGAAGAAGUGCAGCAUCCUGUAAAUUAGUCUAUUCCCCUCGCCUUCGCAAAAGGUCUUUUCAUGCGGAGAUUAUACGAACGGAUAAGCGUCUCGAAUAUUUGGCUGUUUAUGUUUUUCUUAUCUUACAAGGGGAGAUGGAUUUGGUUUGGUGAAAGUGCCGGAGGGUGCCUGAUGCGAGUGUGGUUAAUAUUCAAGCACUGGGCACAUGAGCUUCAUGGAAUUAUCUGGCUGUGCAGUUGGUCGACUUUCUUCUUUUGCAGACUUCUUUUUCUAGGGAGGCGUUGUCAUAACCUUGUGGGCUUUUCGUUUUCUCUUGAACCGUUCUCCAUAGCGCCCCCGAGGCAGCUCGAUUCCCUCCGGCAAAGAGACGCUCUGUUCACUGACAGCAGGUCUGCACCACUACCUAGUAGGGAUAGUGUAGACCGACGGUGUCUUCGCUUCAGCAGUUCGAGCUGGAGGGUUUGAUCAAGCAAGUUGGAAUUUCGUGAUCUGAUAGAAGAUUCCUGUGCCUUUCGGAUUCCCCGCCAAAGUCUAUUCGCCUUUUUCCUUUGCCUUAAUUAUUCUUGGUUAAAGAGAAUGCAUGGAACUAUUUACUGU